AUGUCUUCCAAGAGUAUGAUGUCUUCGACGAGCAUGAUGAGCAAAAGCACGACGAGUUCGUCCCAGAAGUCACCACGGACCACCAAGGCAUCCAAAGAAAAGAGCCGAUCGAAACGACCUAGCCGAACGUCGCGGUUAUCACAUCCGCAAGAGGAAAAAGUAGAGGAAGCACUGCAACAACAACAACAAGCAAUUGGUGAGGCAAGUAGCACGCUAGAGACAAUGACGGAAAUUCGUCUCGAAACAGAAGCCAAGGAAGAAGCUUCGGGAGAGGAAGAAUCUCAAUAG